AUGCAGUGGACGGAUCAUCACGGCGCUGAUAUCAUCCUCGAGGUUGGCGGAGCCCAGACUCUGCGCAAGAGCUUUGACUGCAUUGCUUUUGGUGGCCUGAUCAACUGUAUUGGCUACGUCUCCGGAAAGAUGGAUGUCGGCGACGAUCGAUUGAAUGUGAAUUUGCUGGCGCUGCGCCGGACGGUCACCCUAAAGGGGAUCAUCAACGGGCCCAAAGAUCGAUUCGAGGAGAUGAUUCGAUUCUACGAGGCACACCAGAUCCACCCGGUGGUCAACCGAGUCUUUUCAUUUGCGGAAUCCCGAGAGGCAUUCAAAUUCUUAGAGAGCGGCAGCCACUUUGGCAAAGUUGUUAUUCAGGUCAAGCAGUGA